AUGUUCUUCCUGUCUUGCUACCGCCGAUGGGCAUCGUUCAGCUCGCUGUUGAUUUGCAAACCGAGUGGGAGGAGUUGGAAGUCGCAUGAGCUGCCAAAUUCUGGAAAGGACCACGACUUCACACAAGCAUGCGGCUUCCUGCUCAUCACCUGCGACGGCACGAGUCUCGCGACUGAGAGGUUAGCGUCCCCGAAAGACGACUACGGCAACGAGGGCUCAAGAGAUUUGUGUCUACCGGUGCGCACCAAUUGGCAGUACGAAGCGCUUACAACGUCUCUUCACUUUGUUUUCAUACAGUCUCUGUCGGGUCUCGUCCCGCCAGACAUUCUCUUACAUCCACCUGAGGUCAUGACAAAAUCACCAUUAGCGGCGUUCUCGAGAAUCCCGAGCGGAGAACACACUGUUUUCUCCAAUUCACCAUGGCAUAAAUGGCGCUGGCUGGACGGGGCCGGGUUGGGAAAGGGCAUAUCAAAUUUGGUCUUGGAAGGACUUCUCUAUUGGCGCUGCCGUCGUGCUUAG